ACAGAAACCAAACAAAGAUAUUUAUACCAAGCUAAGAAACAUAAAAUGAAACCUCAUCAUUCAAUUAUUUCUUCUCACCCUCCAAAAAUGGCCCAAAGGUCUAUUCUCCAACCCCACAACCCCAUAUACACAACCCCCCACCCCCUCUCAAACCUUUAAACAAAUAAAAACUCUCAACUUCCCUCUCACCACACCACACUUUCUUUCUCACCUCCCAAGAUUUAAACAAACAAGAAAAAAUGUUUUUGUUUGUCCCCUCACAAAACAUACCACUUCUCCUUAUUCUGCUCAUUUUCUCACUUACCACAAAUAACACAACUUCAAGUCUAACCAUCAACUCAACUCAUGAAAUCUUCAAUGUCAAACAAGCCAUCACACCACUUGAAACUCAUGAAAAAAUUCAUGUUGCUGAUGAAAAUGUACAAGAAAAUGGUACUUUGAAGCUCGAGCUCAUUCACAGAGACAAGUUACAAAUAUUUUCCCGUUUCAGUACGUAUAAUAAAAGUAAUAUUUUUGAAGAUCGCAUGGAUAGAGAUUCCAAAAGGGUGUCUAGUAUCAUGCAAAGAAUUACUAAUGGUGUUGGAUACCAGGUCGACGGAUUCGGGUCGGAUGUAGUUUCGGGUAUGGAUCAAGGAAGUGGAGAAUAUUUUGUUAGGAUUGGUGUGGGUAGUCCACCUAAGGACCAAUACAUGGUUCUUGAUUCUGGUAGUGAUAUUGUUUGGGUACAGUGUCAACCCUGUACCCAAUGUUAUCACCAAUCCGACCCGGUAUUCGACCCGAGUCUCUCAGUGUCAUUUACUGGUGUCCCAUGCAGGACGCCAGUAUGUGACAGGGUUGAGAACUCGGGUUGUCAUGCGGGUCGGUGUAAAUAUGAGGUAAUGUAUGGUGAUGGUUCGUAUACUAAAGGGACUAUGGCUAUUGAGACAUUAACUUUUGGUCACGUUACGGUUAAAAAUGUGGCUAUUGGAUGUGGACAUAGUAAUAGUGGAAUGUUUACUGCUGCUGCUGGGUUAUUGGGCCUUGGUGGUGGGUCCAUGUCAUUAGUGGGCCAACUUGGUGGUCAAACGGGUGGGGCAUUUAGUUACUGUUUGGUGAGUCGGGGCACCGGAUCAACCGGGUCGCUCGAGUUCGGGCGUGGGGUGUUACCCAUGGGUGCGGCUUGGGUACCGCUAAUUCGGAAUCCGCUGACUCCGAGUUUUUACUACAUAGGGUUAUUAGGUCUUGGAGUUGGAGGUGUUCAAGUACCGAUAUCAGAGGAUGUGUUUAAAAUAACCGAGUUAGGGGAUGGUGGAGUGGUCAUGGACACGGGGACAGCCGUGACACGACUACCCUCGGUGGCAUACGUGGCGUUUAGGGACGCGUUCCUAGUUGAAACCGCAUCCCUCCCUCGGGCACCGGCCGUAUCAAUAUUCGACACGUGUUAUGACCUAGACGGGUUCGUGACGGUUCGGGUGCCUACAGUCUCGUUUUUCCUUUCGGGUGGGCAAAUAUUGACACUACCCGCUAGGAACUUUCUAAUUCCAGUGAAUGACAAGGGUACAUUCUGUUUUGCAUUUGCUCCAUCACCAACAGGACUUUCUAUAAUAGGAAACAUCCAACAAGAAGGCAUCCAAAUUUCUUUUGAUGGUGCAAAUGGAUUUGUUGGAUUUGGUCCCAAUAUUUGCUAGCUUAUAUAAUUUAUUACAUUAUGUAAAGUGAAUGUUGUUAAUUUUUUAUUAUUACUUUUUCGAGAGGUGUAAUUCUACCAGAAGUAGAGUGAAAUUUUGUUAUUAGUAUAUACAUUGUAAUUCCAUAAGUAAAGUACGGAUAAGUGAUGUGUGCAGGUGAGUAAGAGAUUAUUUUCGAACAUUAUAUAUAUAGUAUUAGUUCUUUUAAAUAAUUAUGGUUGAAGAUAUGAAGUAAAGAAUUUCAUUGC